CAACUCGGCUUCAGCUAACCGAGUAACUCUCGCGCCAUACUACGCUCUUAUGUACUCCCAUGGCACCCGGUUCAUGCCGGUUCAAAUUUCCCCGGGAUGAUGCGCCGCCCUGGCUACUACUUAUAUGUACAUACAAAAUAGCAAUGACGCUAAGAUAGGGCUCUAGAAGCCACGCGCAGACGCGAUGUCAGCAUGCUCAUGCUGCGGUUCCUCAACUAAGGCCUUAAAAGCUAGGAACUGGCCCUUUAAUGCUUCUGAUUGGUCAUGGGAUAAGCGCGCGGACUUUUUGGAGAGCCCCGAGGCUCCGCCGGGCUUUCGCGAGCGUGGAAACUUCGUUCGCGCGCGCGGGGGCGGCAAAAAAGCGACGCAGCAUGCUUUAUGUUCGAAUUGCUCCCUGCGAGCUGUCCAACACCUGCUGAUUCCCCUCCUGCCCUCAGUUCAACAUCCACCACCUCUUCAAGCAGCACCUGCAGCAGCACCGCCCCCAGCAGCGCAAGCCGCCGCGGCAGCCGCAGCACCACAGCGGCGGGCCUACGGCGUCCGGUCCCGGUCCCGGCGCCUCCGUGACAGGCCCCGGUGGCUCACCUCUGGGCCGGCGGCAAGUGCCCCCUACGCCGGGCGCUGGGACCGCUGGCGGGUAUCGUGUUCAACAAAGCGGGCCAGAUAAGCUGCCCGGAGCCUAUAAUUAAAAUGCGCGCGGCUUUGGCGGCGACGCGGCCGGUGCGCGAGCUCCGGCCGCAGGCACUGCCAAUUAAGCUGAUGGCGGUGGUGAUGACCACGGCGGCGCUCAACGUGCCCUGCGGCAUGUGGCGCGAGCACACGGACAAGUUCUCGUCGCAGUGGUUCAUGGCGGUGCACGCGACCAUCCCCUUCAUCGCCAUGCUGCGCAAGGCGGUGAUCAUGCCCAAGUACGCCAUCCUCUUCACCAUCGCCGCCGCCAUCGCCGGCCAGGCCAUGGGCGCCAAACUGGAGCGCCGCCGCAUGACUGACGCCGCGCGGGACGAGCUGGCGGGGCUCGCGCGCGCGCACCCCGCGGCGGCGGCGGGGCCGCCGCUGCCGCGCGUGCAGGUGGCGACGGCGCCGGCGGAGGCAGCGGUGAUUGGCAGCCGGGUGGCGGUGGCGGCGACAUCGUCGGCGGCCCUGCCGGUGGCGAGCAUGUCCAUGACAUCGCGGCCGCGGCAGCAGCAGGGGCCGGCGCCGGCGGACGGGACGGUGUCGUGGGCGGAGCUGUAUGAUGAGGGCAAGGCGGCAGCGGCGGCGGCGGCCCAGCCAGCCGCGGUGGCUGGUUUGGCUGCGGCUUCGCAGUUCCGGUUGCGGCCCAAGGGCGCGGGCCCCCGGCGGGUCGUCCGCGCGGGCGUGGUGAGCGCGGCGGCUGGCUGCAAGGCGGCGGCGGGCAAGCACGGCGCGGCGGCGAUUGUGGCGAUGGCACCCGAGGUGGUGGCGGCGUGCUAGGCGUCUACAUGAUGAUGGUCCACAGCCGUGACAGAGCGCCCGUGCGAUCCAAGUAUCGGAAUAAUGAUCGGGUUUCAUUCUUCCGCAGUGCAGUAGCAUUUGGGGGCUUAUUAUGCACGUAAUGCAGUGUUAGCAUUCAACGUUGAAUGUUGAGUUGUAUGUCUGGUACGGACACCGACUAAACGGAGUGUGUGUCAGCGCCAAGCAGCUGACCCAGUUACUAUUAAUUGAGAGAGUGCUUUGUGUGUCGCAGCGGCGCCAGGGUUACCAACCCUUGCCAUACACUGGCAACUAAAGACGGAUUGUGUUGCAGCGACUGAGCGUGUAGGUUAGGCUAGCUGGCGUCGUCGGCAGUGCCAGCGGCACUCCACGCCAGGGGGUGGCGGCGGGGGCGGCAGGCGGCAGGUGCGCCGGCACACCCGGCACCGGGCACUUGCGGCCAUCGUGUGUGGGGUGCACGGCCCUGGCGGCGGCGGUGGGCUGUGUGCAGCACGUGGCACUGAAGCAGGCUGAAGCAGGUGAAGCCUGACCCUGAAACCUUGCUCCGAACCUGAACCAGAAACGUGACUCCAAACCUGAUGAAACCUGACCCUGACCCAAACCGGGUUGACACGCGCGCUUACAUGCUGUUCCGGU